AUGUGCGCAUUGAAUUCUGAUAAAAUAGUAUUUACAACUAAAAUACUUCAGCGUAGUUUAGCAGAAGAAAAUAUUGAUGAACAUACUGAGCUCAAAGAUACGGAUACAGACCUUGCUUUAUUAAUGCUGGACAACGAAAUACCAAAUAUAACAGAAGAUCAAUAUUUGAAUCCAAAAUUUGAUUUCGUUUCAUUAAAAUCAGGUAAUAUUCCGAUCAAUUCAAAGCUAUAUCUCGUCGGAUAUAAUGGUGAAUUGGGUGAACAACAGGACUUACACCAUACAAAUAUUUAG